GGUAUUUUUCGCUUUUCAGAUGAAUCAGACAUGCAAGGUGUGCGGAGAACCGGCGGCAGGUUUCCACUUCGGGGCGUUCACUUGUGAGGGUUGCAAGUCCUUCUUCGGCCGUUCGUACAACAACCUGAGCUCGAUCUCCGAAUGCAAAAACAACGGCGAAUGCGUAAUCAACAAGAAGAACCGUACCGCGUGCAAGGCGUGCCGACUGAGGAAAUGCUUGUUGGUAGGCAUGUCGAAGAGCGGGAGCCGGUACGGCAGAAGGUCCAACUGGUUCAAGAUCCACUGCCUGCUCCAGGAGCAACAACAACAGCAUCAACAACAGCAAGCCGGGAUGAAUAACGGCCAGCAGGGGAUGAAAGCGCCGCAGAAAACGCCACCCAUGCAUCCGGGGAUGAGCAUGGGCUUGUUGGGGAUGAACUCGUUCCCGCCGCCGAUGUUGCACUUGCCCAAAACCAAGGAGGAACUUAUGAUAUUAGGUUUAGACGAAUACAACAAGCACUCUGCAUCUCCUUCAGUAAGCUCACCAGAAUCUCACAAUUCCGACUCUUCAGUGGAAAUCAACGACGGCAGGCGGUUACCCCUCUUCCCUGGACUAUUACACCCCGCCACAUUUUUACCCCCACCAGGAUUGUUAUUUCCGCCUGGAUAUCAUCCCCUCUAUCCAGGAUUACUGCAACCCGCGAACAACAAUAACAGGCUAAUACGCAACCACAACCCGGGCGUGGAGACCUUCAGUAAACGCAUAUUCCUCGACGCCGUGCUCCAAUCGCAGCGUAGUCCUACCCCCGAAGAACCGGAGCCAGUAGUCACUUCCGACAGUCCCGUCCCCUUGCAGGAGGACCCGAUCGACUUGAGCAUGAAGCCGAGUAGCGAUCGAGGCUCCUCCCCUUCGCGCAGCGAUCGUUCUGGGUCGGUAGCGACCGAGAGGGGCGGUCACGGCAGCGAAGCGGACGAAGAGAGCGACUAUGACAGCGAGGGAGCGUUGAGAAGUGUACAAAUGCUCAGGCCGACACCGCUAGAUCUUACGACUAAGGUGUGACCGGAGAGACCGUUCUCCAAUCUCGACGCAGUCGCAUCCCUGAAGAGGCGGAGCCAGUAGCGACGUCCGACAGUGCAUCCCACUGUAAUAGGCCCCGUUCAGGGUCAGUAGCGACAGAGAUGCACGGUCACGGCAGCGAAGCGGACGAAAAGAGCGGCUGUGACAGCGAGGGAGCUUUCAGAAGUGUAAAAAUGCUCACGCCGUCAUCCCUAGAUCUUACAACUAAGGUGUGAUCGUUCUCCAAUCUCGCCGCAGUCGCAUCCCUGAAGAGGCGGAGCCAGUAGCGACGUCCGACGGUCUCCUCCCACUACAAUAAGGCCUGACCGAACUGACCAUGAAGUCUUUACGACCGAUGCUCCUCCCCAACGCGCAGCAAGCAUUGAGAAGUCAGUAGGGGCGGAGUGUGACUGUGACGGUGAGGCGCCAAGAGGAGUGCAGAUGGUCAGGGUGCCGCUGCUAGAUCUCACAACGGGCGUGUGAUCGGAGUGGUCGUCCUCAAAUCACAACGCGGUCCCACCCCUGAAGAGGUGGAGCCGGUGGCGACGCCCCAGUCUUUUCCUACUGCAGGAGAACCUGAUCGACUUGAGCAUGAAACCGAGAGGGGCAGCGAAACGAAAGUGACUGUGACAGUGGAGGAACAGGAGUAAGCUGCGUGAAGAUGCUUAGCCUGUUGCCGUUGGAUAUGACCGGAGCAUUGAAGGUGUUAUGCUGCUGGGGCCAAUCACCACCGUGAUGAUGUGUUCUUAUAGGGUGUCUGACGCAUCGACAAAAUUAGACUAUCCGAAUCUAGUACAUAUUUUCAUGUUUAGACGCUCCACGUGCCAGCCGUCGGCACUAUUGGUAUCAGUAUGAUAUAUCGUUUUAGCAAUAAUAAAAAAAUCGAGCAUUGUCCUAUCCACUGAUAACUGAUAUGUUCAGUAAUGUGCUAUAAAUAAGCAAGCUUCUUCAGUUUAAAAUUCUUAGCUGGCAGUCCAGAGCCUAGCGCGCAAGUUACCUACGACCUUAAUAUACCGCAUUCAUCUGGAGAGAUUGAUGGCAGAACGCUUGGCUUAAUAAUAACGUUAAGUAGAAUAAGAGGAAGAAAAUUGGAAGUUGAUGGCCAAUUAGCCAAUGGCGGCCAGCCUUAAGAUACAUCGGCGAACUUUUCAAUUCGUUCCAAAGACCUUUAAGAUCAAAACUAGAAUUUGCUAAAGAUAUUCCACGAUUCAACAGAUUUUUAUACGGGAAAUGCUAAUUUUACAUACGGUCAAAUUAUUUAGAUAUAUGAGAGGUUCGUUUGGGACGCCGCUGAGCUCAUAUCCAAUAAAGUUUAUAUACCAGAAAUAUAAAAUCCGAAAUACGAGAAAGUUUUAUAAUGCGGUAUCCAAUUUCAUAAUAUACGCCUACGUCGAUGAGAGAUUCGACCGAAUAAAAAUAACUAUUAGAGACGAAGAUGGUAAAUCACAUAUAGAACGGUAAACUAUGCAUAAUCGAGUCAAUAAAGUACUAGCCAUUCAAUAAGCUAAGAAAUGAUUCAUCAAUUUCUAUGGAGAUAUUACACGUUUUCGGUGGUUAUGGAGUUAAUAAAAGUAAAAGCACUAGUAUAUGUCCAAGUAAGCUAAUCUUGCAACGAAUAUGUGUAGCUGUCAAGUGCAAAACUGUUGAAUAUGAUGAAUGAGAAAAAACAUAGGAUAUAUAAUAUUCACAAUCCUAACUGAAAAGAUCAAGAAGCUAGGGUCAUCAAAAAUGGAAAAUCGUGUACUACAGAGGGAAAUCAAAGAAUAUUAAAUUAUAUUAGUACAGCAUGUGAUGACUGUGGCAGUGCUUUCCAUCGUUGAGACACCAGAAAUAGUACCACCUAACUAUAAAGAUCCGCAUAUAACGUGUCGAGAUGUUCAUUUCUAGCUACUAAACCAUACAGCUAAUUCGUUUCUGUCAUUUUUUUGUACUUCAGAGCGAAACUGACCGGACUAUCUCGGUUCCACACAUGCUCGUUAAGCCCGGCAUCUCUAAAUAGUACCGUUGGUCGUACCUCGACGCACCGGCCGGAUUGUUCCUAUCACAAAUCAAAAAGGCCGCGCCGCGUGACCCCAGCCGCAGCGCGAAGAAAAACAAUUGAAAAGUUGCGCCGUCAACGCCGCCUCGACGAUUUUCUAUAAAUGUUCGGGCACGCUUUUAUUGAUCAGUACCACAACUCGGCCGGUCGUACCGGCGAGUUAAUUGUGGUGCACCAUACCAUGGUACCACCAUUGUGUCCAACCGGCUGAUAGACGUGGGAAUAUUAUACGCCAGCACGUCUAGCGGAAAACAAGGCACCUGUCUGACGACUAGACUGCUUUUGAUAUCCUGGUACUACGGUGUGAAAAAUCGAGCCACGUAGAUUUACUCGGUACUAACUUGAGUACUACCCAAACAUUGCCCUGGUCCCAGAGGUACCUGUCUUAGCAGACUCAAUAUCCUGAUAGAUGAAUUCAAUCGAGCAGACUGACUCGGUACUGCAGGUGGUACUACCUGAGGUGCUACCCAAACAUCUUAACCACGAGGUAUUUGUCUGAUUAGACUCAGCAUCCUAAUGCAUAAAAAUUCACUCACGGAGAUUGACUUGGUACUGUCUGGGGUACUACCUGGGUACUACCCAAACAUUCUCUGAUCCACGAGGUACUUACCCGAUUAGACUCCAUAUCCUGAUAGAUGAAAAUACAAUCAAGAAGAUUGACUGGGUACUGCCUACAGUACUACCUGUGGUACUACCCAAACAUUCUCUGGUCCACGAGGCACUUGCCUAAUUAGACUCAAUAUCCUGACAGAUAAACAUUCAAUCAAGCAGAUUGACUCGGUUCUACCUGGGGUACUACCUGUGGUACUAGACAAAGAUUCUCUAAGCCACUAGGUAUCCUGAUAGAUGAAAAUUCAGUCAUGCAGUUUGACUCGGUACUUGUCAGAUGAGACUCAAUAUCCUGAUAGGACAUGAAAAUUCAAUCAAGCAGAUUGACUCGGUACUACCUUAGCAUUCCCUCUUCCACGACAUCCUUGCCUAACUAGACUGCUUUAUAUAUUGAUGCUGCGUGCAAAUUGAGUCAGUUACACUGACUCGAUACUGUCCUGGGUACUACCUAAGCAACCUACUGAUUUUGAUAACCUGGCGCAAUCUGAAAAAUUGAGGUAUAUUGAUUCGGUACUGCGUAAGGUACUACCACAGCAUUCUUUGUUCUACGAAGCACCUGCCUAACUAGAUGCAUUCGAUGUGCUGAAACGACGUGAAUUGAAUCAAAAAGGUUGAAUCGGUACUGAUUGGGUACUACCUAGGCAUAUGCCGUUUCACAAGAUAUCUGCCUGAGUAGUGUCAUUGAUAUCCUGGUAUAAUGUGAAAAAUUGGCUCGGUGCAACCUGGGUACUAUCUUUCCGCUAGGCAAAAUCCUGAGUCAAGUAGAUUGACUCAGUACCACACGGCAUUACCUACACCUUGACGGUUUAGGUGCUGCUGGUCCUUUAUAGUAAAAUUACUAAAAAUGUGUGAGAUGUUAUAAGGUAUUUAAAACUGUUAAAGUAGAGCUACUUGGUACCACCUGCUCCUAUAGGUGAAUCUUGCCGCUGUGGUACUAUCUUUGAUAUGCUAAAUCAGAUAUUUAAAGCUCAAUGACAUCUUGAUACUCCAACCCAACGGUAAUCUCGUAGAAAUAAUUUUAAUUGCAUUUUUUUAGCUCUCUACCAAAGUUGCGCAUGGCCUGUCACAUUUUGCAUAUUUUUUUUUCUAAUUUUUGGUGGAUGCGUCAGAUACCUAGAUCUAGUUUAUUAUUCCAAUUCUAAACUCCUUCUUUUAAAGGCAAUGUAAUUGUUACUACUUUAGUUCUUUUGCACAUUGUCGCUUUAAUUUUUGUACAUAUACGUAUUUAUAAACAUUUUAUGUAAAUUUUUCUUGCGUAGUGAUAUUAAGAGAAUGCUCUGUUUUUGUAUAAAAACAAGAAAAAUGUGAAUUUGUUGGCCAGUAUACUUAGCUCCAAAAACCAAAUCGUUUUAUACAAUACUUCCUAGAUAUUAGUGCACUUUUUAUAAAAAUGAUACUGUGAAAAUUUGUAUAAAAAUGCGGUUUGAGGAGCAGUGCAAUGUUGAAAUUUUUGUUACUUUAUACAAAGCCAGUUUUUCACUGGCAUUCAUAGAUAGAUUAUUGUUAAUAUUUUUCUAGCCGAUUACCUACCUGUUUUUCAAUAAACAGUUUUAUCAACCGAUGUUACUGUUUCAUUUGUUGUAAGUAUUCCUUAAAUAAUGCUGUUGAAUGAAAUGGCAUCUAAAGAGUACUUAGUCGAGCAUUUAUAAAGUGUAAUUUUGAGGGUAUCCCGUCUUCACUUUGCCGGUAUUAAUAAAACUAGGGAUGCCAAAGGCUGUUUUAAAUUGAGCGAAAAAUUAAUUCUUUACGCAAAAAUGCCAUUUCCGCCUAAAGCGGUCGAUCUUCAUAUCAAAGUUUUAUGUCUAAGCUCAGUCUUGUAUAUAAUAUUACUACGAUACGUAAACAAACAUAUUCAAAUUUGAUAUAUAAAAGAUAUAUGCUUCUUGGGGACUCGGAGCUGAACACAUUCAAACCUGUAUUUUGCAGUUCUUAAAACAUUUAAGAAGUGUUAAUUAUGCACAGAUACUAAAACUACUAUUUGCAACGGUCUACUUUGCAAAGUGACUCAAUUUCACCAAUAACCAAACCGUUACUUUCCUCAUGUCGGGAUACCCUUGUUGUCGUCUGCUUUACUUCAGUCUAAAUAAACCCCAUACAUGUAGCAAAUACCGCAGUAUUUUUUCGAUACACCUAAUCUUGGGCAUUUUUUGUGCGAGAAAUGUAAAAUGUAUUUUAUAUAUUAUAUAUUUUGUUGUAUAUUGUUUUUUGUAUGAUCUUUUGAUAGAAUAUCCGUCUGUCUGAUUCGUAGGGGACUAGGGCCAGUGGCAUGUGUGAAUGGUGAGAGUGUGAGAUGUUGUAAAAAAAAUAUAUGAAUAAAC